UGAGAAAAGCCCCUCACUCUGCACACAGACCCUGGUGAGUUGGGGUAAGAACUUGAAAUCCAGCAUGUGGGGACCAUGGGGGUCCAGCAGUGCCUGUGACCAGAUUACUGCCAUACAUGUUAUGGAUGAAGAAACUGAGGUUGAGUAGCUACCCAAGGUCAUGCUGCUACCAAAAACUUGAGCUGGUAUCAAGAUAAUUUCACUCUUACUCCUUGGUACACUCUCCUAACCACCAACCCGUACUGCCCAUGUGCUAAAUUCCUCCUUGGAACUAUUUUGCCUCCUCUAGCUGCCUGGAAAACUCCUACUAGACCUUCAACAUUCAGCUAUAAUGUGUCCUCCCUUGUGAAGCCUUUCUCAACCUGAUCCCAGGCAGAGUUUCAUCCCCUGGGUACCCAAAGCACUGAGCAUGUGUCUCUGUCACCCUCCUGAUGAAACUGUUCUGAAAUGUGAACAAUGCUCACUUUUCCUCAAACUCUAAAUUUUAUAACCACAGAACUAAGUUAUCUUAUUCUCUUAUGUCACUGAUUUCAGAAAAUGCACCAGUAAGGCAGCCCUUUCUAUUUUUAGUUGGAUUUCACUAUUGGAAAUGUCUUUGUUGGGGUGAACCACACAGCUGGCCUCACUAACAUCCACCUCCCAGUAGCAGGGAGCAGCUGGUUCUACCACAUUUUUCUUAUUGAAGCUCUUCUGAUACUGAGGGCAUCUGUCAUCUCUCCUUAGAGGCUUUCCUGACCAUGUCCUGUGGUGCCCCCAGCCAUUUCCUGCAGAACGUUCUACCCAGUUCCCUCAUUGUACUUCCCUUUAACACAAAGAGCUUGUCCACUUAUCUCUUUUGCAUUGGUACCCUGAUGGAGUCUGUGGGGUCCAGGGAAGCAGGGACCUUGUCUGGGUGAUCCACCUUUGAAAGUUUCAUGCCCAGCCCAGCACGUGACAAAUUUUGUUGAAUGCAUGUGUGAAAGGGACUGGGAUGUGAUAGAAAAAUCAGACUGGUGAAUAAUUAAAGACUGCCUUGAAGGCCAUGUGAAGAUGGCAGCCUUAAGACAAAGAACUUCAGUGAGGACCUCAAUAGAAUCCACUUGCCUCUAAAUAACCUGUCUUGCUGCUUUUGUAACUACCAGCAGUUGGGAAUAAAUACUCUUCUGGCCCUGCAUUGUUCACUGUUCAAAUUGUGUGUGGUAUAUAGUAUUCCAGGGCAAUCUGGGGUUGCUUGGGGGCUUGGAGGUUGCCAAGGGAAUUAAGCACCCCUGUUUUAGGUGGGAAAUUCCUUCUUGUCCCUGGCCACCUUUCUUGUCCACUCAGACAAUAUUUAUUAGAGACUCACAACCUUCCAGGCCUGGUAAUUUACUCUAGUCCUUGAAAUUGAGUCAGACUACUCACAUGUUGCUACUCUCCCAUCCAAUGCAACAAAGUCACCAAUAAUUGUGAGCUCAUUGACAACUGUCCCACCUUCCUAACCCGAGGCCAUUUGACCCCCAAGUGGCACCCAAGUGCCCCUAUGGCUCGAACUCCCUAGAUUCACACCUUCCAUUUGACCCCAGUGCUGGCUCACAAUGCAUUUGUUUUUGCUCCAGAUGCUUACCCAGGUAUUCAGCCCCUGGCCUAUUUCUCUGUUUUCUUGCUUGGAUUGUUGCUUCAACUCCAUCCCCUAUUUCACCUCCCAGCAUUUUCAGAAUCUCACCUCUACUUUGGCUCCAGGAUCAUUGAGAUGAGGGCUGUUGAAAUGUUCUACUGGGGCUGUUACUGUUCUUGGCUUGGACCUCAAAAUUUGUAAUAGAAGAGUCAGUGGGAAGCUCUUGCCUGGCAUGUGGUCAAGCAUCUUAUUCAGAGAUGCAAGUUCUGCUCUCCCGUCCCAUGGCUGUAACAAAUAUCACUAACUUAUUUCACUAACUGAUUAUGGCUUCCCCCUCUACUAAUUCUAGCUGUGACCUCACACCUCUUCUCAAGAUGGCACUCUAAGCAACCACUACCACUUGAUGGCCAGGUGGGAUGAAAAGUAUUUUCCAGUCCCACUCAGUCUUUUGCCAUUGCUCUUCUAUUCUGCCUGUAGCAAAGGCAUAUUCUGUAAAAAUGGGGGGUGUGAAUCAAUCAGUGACCUCUGACUUCCUUCUGGUGGGCCUCUUCAGUCGCUCAGGAUCAAGUCAGCUACUCUUCUCCCUAGUGGCUGCCAUGUUUAUCAUGGGCCUUCUGGGCAACGCUGUUCUGCUCUUCCUGAUCUAUAUGGACUCCCGGCUCCACACACCCAUGUACUUUCUGCUCAGUCAGCUGUCCCUGUUUGAUGUUGGCUUCCCCCUGGUCACCAUCCCCAAGAUGGCAUCAGACUUCCUACAGGUGAAAAAUUCCAUCACCUUUGGGGGUUGUGCAGCUCAAAUAUUCUUCCUUACACUUAUGGGUGUGGCUGAGGGCAUCCUGUUGGCCCUCAUGUCCUAUGACCGGUAUGUGGCCGUGUGCCACCCCCUGCAGUAUCCUGUGCUUAUGAGGCGCCAGGUAUGCCUGCUCAUGGUGGGCUGCUCCUGGAUGGCAGGUGUGCUCAAUGCCUCCAUCCAGACCUCCGUCACUCUGCACUUCCCCUACUGUGCCUCCCACAUCGUGGACCACUUCUUCUGUGAGGUGCCAGCCCUGCUAAAGCUCUCCUGUGCAGACACCUCUGCCUAUGAGUUGGCGCUGUCCAUCUCUGGGGUACUGAUCCUCGUGCUUCCCCUGUCCCUCAUCACCACCUCCUACGGCCAUGUGUUGGGGGCUGUUCUACGCAUGCGCUCAGAGGAGGCCCGGCACAAGGCCUUCACCACCUGCUCCUCGCACAUCACAGUGGUGGGGCUCUUUUAUGGUGCAGCUGUGUUCAUGUACAUGGUACCUGGUGCCUACCACAGCCCACAGCAGGACAACGUGGUCUCCCUCUUCUACAGUCUUGUCACCCCCAUGCUUAACCCCCUCAUCUACAGUCUAAGGAACCGGGAAGUGCGAAUGGCUUUGGUGAAAGUGAUCCACAGAGCUGCGCUCAGACCACACAGGGGGCUGCUGGUGUGAUCGCAGGAGUCUUCCAUCCCGCCCAUCACUUCACAGCACCCACGUGUGAGGCAGCUGCUGAGAGCUUAUCUUAAAGGCUGUGUCAGUUUCUUCUCAUGUCAUGACUAGCUGAGUUCAUGUUUUCUCCCAUGGAUUUGUGGAAAUCAAUGGUAUCAGCUCCAGUCACUUUUCAUAUAUUCUUUCCCCACUCUUUAGUACUAUUUACAUGAAUGAAAGGCCCUACUUGGUAAAGUUGAGAUCUUGCUGAAACAACAGAAAUUUACUUCUCAUUGUUCUGGAGGCUGGGAUGUCUAAGAUCAAAGUACUGGCUUAUUCUUUUCCUGGUGGGGGCUCUCUUCCUGGCUGUAGAUAGCUGCCCUUUCCUUGUGCCCUCAGAUGGAAGAGAAAAAGUACUCUGCUGGUGUCUCUGCCUCUUCUCAUAAGUACAUUGGGCCUAUGGGAUUAGGGACUUCCCAUUAUGACCUCAUUUAACAUUCAUCCUUCCUCACAGACCCUAUCUCAAAUACAUUCACAUGGGAGUUCAGGGCUUCAGUACAUGCAUCUA